AUGUCGUCUCCUGGUUCUGCCCGUCGUCGUGGUCGACCAGCAAGAAACUCUACAACUUCAACUCCCACUCGCCCAAGUGCGACGAGCAGCGAGCAACCAUUGCAGAAUGCCUCGCAGACUACUCCACGGGCUUCGAGAUCGCUAAGAGAAGCCGGCAUUCCCUCUUCAUCCCCGUUACGCUUCCAGUCAUCCCCCCCACCUGAACCUCAACAAGCUCCUCCCGACGAUGCGGGUUCAAGAAUGGACAUCAGUUCCCCAAUUAGAGAACCUCAAAGCACUGAUGAUAUUGAAAGAACUCCCAGAGCAAAUGCUCGCCUGAUUGGAGAUUCCUCACCAAUUCGCUACAUGUCUAGUUCAAGCCCAACUCGUGCAAACAGCCGCCCGAGCCGGACAGCUGAUAUUCCAAGCAGCAGCAGUGGUCUUUUUGUUCGGUCAUCUCAAUCAAUUGGAUCAAAUGGCCUUCCCAAUGUUUCGACAAGACGAGGUGCUAUCCACUCCGAUGCCUUCGGAUCCUCAUCAAGCCAGCGGAGACGAGUAUUCGUCAAUGAGAAUGGCAUGCCAGUCCGUGAUGGUGAACCUCAUUCAGAUGCCACGUUUUCAAAUGUACAGCCAGACACCUCCGAGGCCGACGCCCUUGGUGGAAGUUCUACUCGUAUCAUUUGGGGUACCAACAUCUCCAUCCAGGACUCGAUGUCCGCAUUUAAGAAUUUCCUAUACAAUUUCGCCAAGAAAUACCGCAUGUGGGCAGAUGGCGCUUCUGAAGAAGAAACCCGUGCAAUGGGUGCAGCAGCUGACGAAAAAGAAUACAUCAAGAUGCUGAAUGAUAUGCGACAACUUGGGGUAACAGGGCUCAACCUGGAUAUCCGCAACCUGAAGGCAUACCCGUCAACGCUGAAGCUUUGGCACCAGGUCCAAGCGUACCCACAGGAAAUUAUUCCGAUCAUGGAUCAGGUAGUGAGGGAUGUCAUGAUUGAACUGGCAUUGAAGGAAAUGGAAUCACUCAGAGCACAAGCCAAUCAACGACGUCAACCUAGGGCAAGAGAUAACAGUUCAGCACCGCCUGUCACCAGCUCUGAUAUUGGAACUGAGGCUGGACGAGGUCAGCCGACGGAGGUGCCAAAUCUAAUGGCGGACGUGGAAACCAAAACUUUCAAGGUCCUACCAUUUGGAUUAGACAAGACGGUCAACAUGAGAGACUUGGAUCCCGCUGACAUGGAUAAACUCAUCAGUAUCAAAGGCCUCGUUAUUCGGGCAACUCCUAUAAUCCCUGACAUGAAGGAAGCGUUCUUCCGCUGCGAGACUUGUCACUUCAGUGUUGCCGUUGACAUCGACCGCGGCAAAAUUGCAGAGCCUACUAAAUGCCCCCGAGAAAUUUGCGGGACAUCUAACUCUAUGCAACUCAUUCACAACCGGUCGACUUUUGCCGAUAAGCAGGUUAUCAAACUCCAGGAAACCCCCGACUCAGUGCCCGAUGGACAAACACCACAUUCGGUCUCCCUCUGUGCUUAUGAUGAACUGGUUGAUGUUUGCAAAGCUGGUGAUAGAGUUGAAGUGACAGGCAUAUUUCGCAGCAACCCUGUUCGCGUGAACCCACGUCAACGAACUACCAAGGCUCUAUUCAAGACUUAUGUGGAUGUGCUUCAUGUGCAGAAGACAGACCGCAAGAAGCUUGGCAUUGAUGCCACAACCGUGGAGCAGGAGCUCUCUGAACAGGUUGCAGGUGAAGUGGAGCAUGUCAGAAAAAUUACAGCAGCGGAAGAGGAAAAGAUAAAAGAAAUUGCUGCCCGGCCUGACGUCUACGAACUACUCUCACGGUCUCUAGCACCGAGCAUUUACGAGAUGGAAGAUGUGAAGAAAGGUAUUCUUCUCCAACUCUUCGGCGGAACGAACAAAACAUUUGAAAAGGGAGGUAACCCGCGAUAUCGUGGUGAUAUCAACGUUCUGCUUUGCGGAGAUCCCUCAACGUCAAAAUCGCAACUGCUGCAAUACGUGCAUAAGAUUGCACCCCGGGGGGUCUAUACAAGUGGCAAAGGCUCGUCCGCCGUUGGUCUUACAGCAUACGUCACCCGAGAUCCAGAAUCAAGGCAGCUAGUUCUCGAGUCAGGCGCCCUCGUACUCUCUGACGGAGGCGUCUGUUGCAUCGACGAAUUCGACAAGAUGAACGAUUCGACACGAUCAGUCCUGCAUGAGGUGAUGGAGCAACAAACUGUUUCAAUCGCGAAAGCGGGUAUCAUCACCACAUUGAAUGCCCGCACAAGUAUCUUAGCCUCAGCCAACCCGAUCGGAAGCAAGUACAACCCUAAUUUACCCGUUCCGCAAAACAUCGACCUGCCACCAACGUUGCUAUCGCGGUUUGACCUGGUAUAUCUUGUUCUCGACCGCAUCGAUGAGCAAAACGAUCGCCGGCUGGCGAAGCACCUGGUGGGGAUGUAUCUGGAAGACACACCGGAACACGGUACCAGCGAGGAAGUUCUUCCCGUCGAAUUCCUCACCAGCUACAUUACCUACGCCAAAAGACAUAUCAACCCCGUAAUGACGCCCGAAGCGGGCACGGCGCUGAUAGACUCCUACGUUGGCAUGCGGAAACUGGGCGAUGACAUCCGCUCCGCCAAUCGCCGCAUCACCGCCACCACCCGCCAACUCGAAUCCAUGAUUCGCCUCGCAGAAGCACACGCCCGCAUGCGCUUAUCAAGCGAAGUCCUCGCCAGCGAUGUAGAGGAAGCAGUACGGUUAAUUCGGUCGGCACUGAAACAGGCCGCAACGGAUGCGCGCACGGGGCUGAUUGACAUGGGAUUGUUGACUGAGGGGACGAGUGCGAGCGAGAGGCGGCUGCGGGAGGAUCUGAAGAGGGAGGUUUUGAGGGUUGUGGAGGAGCUUGGGGGUCGUGGUGGUGGGAGUGGGGUGCGGUGGUCGGAGGUACUAAGACAGCUGAACGAAGGGGGUAGCAUGGAGGUUGAAGGGGCGGAGUUCGCGGAGGCGGUGAGAGCGCUAGAAGCGGAGGGGAUGGUUAGUGUUGUUGGAGAGGGGGCGAGGAGGAGCAUACGGCGGAUUGGGCUUGUGUGA